GUGAAGGAACCGUUGUGUUGGGUCGAUUAUGGCGACCAACCGUUGAAGAUGUCUAUGACGAACCUGUGUGUGAAUCUAGUUUAUUGUAAAUAGCCAAUGUUUCUCCCCCUUCGCCAACUCAAUGAACAGUAAUACUCAACCAAAUGCUUAAGGAAUUGCAAAUGGGACUUCGGGCUUGUUACAUGCUUGCCUCUCGUGUAUGGACCUGUAUAUGUUUUCUUUUGAAGAGAAAGGUUAGAGCUGUAUCACUUUUGUUUAUGGCCUUUGACAUUUUUCUACCAAAGUUGACCUAUUUCGAAGUAAAUACUUAUUACAUUAUUAAGUACUGCGGCGUAUUGGGAAAUUUGGUUACACGAUUAUUUGAAUACUUGUAUAGUUAUGUAGGCCGAUAUUAUAUAAAGAUUGUCCAACAUCAGCCUGUCAAAUAUGAGCUUUAUCCAUUAUCUCCACUCUCGAGGCAUCGGCUGAAUAUGGUAAAGAGAAAAGUUCUGGUUCUAGACCUGGAUGAAACUCUGAUACAUUCUCACCACGAUACCAAUACAAGACCAACGGUGAAGCCCGGGAUGCCUCCUGAUUUUAUUCUGAAGGUUACUAUCGAGAGGAACCCCGUCCGGUUUUUUGUCCAUAAGAGGCCACAUGUGGAUUUCUUCUUAGAUAUUGUAUCUCAGUGGUACGAGCUGGUGGUGUUCACAGCGUCUAUGGAAAUAUAUGGAGCUGGUGUUGCUGAUAAGCUGGACGACAACAGAGGCAUCCUGAAGCGGCGCUACUAUCGACAGCAUUGUACACCAGAAUUAGGUACAUAUACUAAAGACCUGGCUGCUGUACAGUCGGACCUCGCGUCUAUUUUCAUUCUUGACAACUCUCCUGGUGCCUACAGGUCUUAUCCUGAUAACGCUAUUCCGAUAAAAUCAUGGUUCUCUGAUCCCAUGGAUACAGCAUUACUGAACCUUCUGCCCGUCCUAGACGCACUAAGGUUCACUAAUGAUGUAAGAUCUGUUCUUGGAAGAAAUCUUCAUCUUCAUAGGAUAUGGUGAACUUCCUAAAAGAUUUGGCUGUGCUGAAAUUGUGAAAAGAAGCAAUUCAACGUGUACAUAUACAGUCCAAUCCGACGAGACAGGCUCUAUCUUAUUAGCUACGUUGGCCCAAUGGGAAUAUAAAUGUAUUGGUCUAAUUGUGGACUCAGUUAUUCUAUUAUCAGGACAUAGAGUGUACUUGUUUAAAUCUAUCUAUGUAGGUGUUUACGAUUGUGAGGAAAGAUCCAGGCACUGCCAUCUUAUAAUAACUCGCUGAGGACUGUGUCGCUAUUGAUGUGGAGUGAAAUUUUUUAAAUAACAUUUGUCGACAACUUCCAUGUAAAUAGUCUUCUUUAUUAAAACAUCAUUUAAAAUGAGAAAAAUUGUAACUUGUUGCGGUCAUAUUUAAUGACCGUGACUUUUGUAAAAUAAUAAUUGUACAUUGUAUAAUAUUUAUAUAGGUUUUAAAAUAUGUAAUAUAAAUAAUAAUUGUUAGUUAGGUAAUUUGUUUUGUUAUCGGCAAACUUAUUUUAUUUUGUUUGUCCGGUCCGAUAAACUUUUUAUGUGUUAGGCGACCCAAUUGUCAGAACUGAAAACUUGUUGUUUA